AUGACAGAAAACCAGUCAAAAAUCGAUGUGAGUGCGCUGACAGAGGAUGAGCUUCAGCAAUUAUACAAGGCUCUGUUGAUCGGGUCGUGCCGGUUAGAUACCAGAGACCCUAUCCAGUUCCUGAAAAACACCCUGAUCGCCUUCCAAGGACAUGAUAGUCUGCAGAAUGUCGACUGGAAGAGGUUCCUUAACGAAGGUGCGCAGCAGUCAAUACUGGCCUCUCUGGGACUGGAUGAGUCGGAAUAUUUGGACGCCGACAAACUCAAGGCCAUUUUCCGGAAAUAUGAGAAAGCCUACUCGUGUUACAGGAACAAAUUAACAAGCUCUUGUUUCCGGAAAUGGAAGGAGUUCACCAACGCCAGCGUGACAGAUGCUUCCACACUGUCUCAAAAGACGCCAAUUGCAAUAGAGCAUUAUGAGAGGCGAAGAAAGCUGGUGGCUUUCCUUGCAUGGCGGCGCUGGAUCAAGCUGAAGAAGGAGUCACGGAUUGAGGCGGCGCGUAAAUUGGUGGGAGUUCUGACAGCCUGCGUCCUCAAACGCAUCAUAACCGCAUGGAAGGAGGUUGUUAGGGACUCACAGAGGACCAAGGGUUACUUUAAGAAGCUUCAAAAUGACCUGGAGACGGGGCGCCAGCAAGGCCAGAUUGGGGAAGGAUGCGACUGGCUCUCAGCCUUGCCCGCCCGCAUUUCACUGCAGAUAUUCCAGUAUUUGGGCCUACGAGACCUGCUGAGCUGUUCAGAAGUGUGCUGCAGUUGGAGAAGUCUCAUCCAUACGGGCACUCUGUGGAGUAAGAUCAACGUCUCGGUGGAUAAGCGCUGGAUAACAGAUGACACCAUGAAGCAUGUCCUGCUUAAUUUCCGGCCCUUUGUGAUUCAUCUGAAUCUGCGUGGCUGCUCUUCCUUACAAUGGUACAGUUUGGAACAUAUUGGUGAAUGCAGAAAUCUUCAAGAGCUCAACGUGUCUGAGUGUUUUAAUAUCACGGACACCAUGAUUGAAUCAAUUGUGGAAGGCUGCAAUUCUCUGCUCUACCUGAACCUUUCCAACACGCUCCUGACAGAUGUCACCCUCAGAGAGCUGGCCAGUAACUGCAUCAAUCUUCAAUACCUGAGCUUGGCCUACUGCCAUAAAAUGACAGAUGAGGGUUUUCAGUACCUGAGCUUGGGAAGGGGCUGCCACAAUCUUCUCCACCUAGACGUGUCAGGCUGCUCCCAGGUGACGGCGACGGGUUUCAGUUACAUCUCAGAAGCGUGCCCUUAUCUCAAGGAGAUUUUGCUCAAUGACGUGUACGCCCUGUCGGACGAGUGCAUCUCUGCCCUGGUGUCCAACUGCCAUAAUGUCUCCUCCAUCUCUCUGCUGGAUGCGUGGCAAAUUUCCGACGCCGGCAUCAAAGCCAUCGGCAAAGUCAACAAACUGAAGAGUUUCAGCUUGGAGGGUAACAACCACGUGACCCACGUGGGCUGGAAGGUGCUCUGCAACAGCUCACGAGGCCUCCGCAGGCUGCACGUCGUCGAAUGCCACAGGAUGGGUGACAACUCCCUCAAGGCGGUGUCCUCUCUCCGCAAUCUGCAAUACCUGGACAUCUCGCUCUGUAACAAAGUGACCGAUAAGGGGCUUUUUACUCUGGCCGAAAGCCCCUCGGCCAGCAAAUUACGAGAGUUGAAUGUUAGUUACUGCUGUCAGAUCACUGAUGCAGCAAUCAGCGUGAUUGGUCACAGAUUUACCAAGCUAUCCCAUCUGAACCUGAGCUACUGCGAGCAGCUCACCGACGUCGCUCUGGAGUCUCUGAUGGGCAGCUCCAUCACCUCUCUGGACCUCAGCGGGUGGAACAUUCAAGACGACGGCUUGGCUGCUCUCGAAGAGGUUCCCUUGAAAAAGUUAAUUCUUGCCGAAUGUAUCAACAUUACAGACGUUGGUUUGGAGAAUUUGUGCAAGUACUUGACGGAUCUGGAGUACGUAGACGUGUCUGGCUGCUUGGAACUGUCCGACCAGGCCAUCAAAUCUUUUUCCUUUUACUGCAGGGGUCUGUUCACACUGCGGGUAGCAGGCUGUUCAAAGAUAACCGACAUGGGAAUGCAGUGCCUUUCACACGGCGCAGCACAGUACCUGCGAGAGCUGGACGUGAGCGGCUGUACCCUCACUGAUCGCGGUGUCAGAUACAUCGAGAGGCUCUGCCCGCCACUCUCGUCAAUCAUUAUGCACGGCUGCAACCGCAUCUCAGAGGAAGCUGCCAUGAGGUUGCAGCCAUAUGUCCAUCACUGGGAGUACAGCAACGAACAAACAAAAUUGUGGCUUCGAUAAAGCAAUCAGUGCACACAGAGAAUGCGAUGGCGCUUGAAGAUCGCACCAGGGAAACUAGAGUAGAAGUCAGUCAAGCUCAGACCUCUGCCAAGGCCCAAACAUUUGUAAUUUGGCUUUUCCAUAGAUACCUGAUUUUUUUUUUUUUUUAUUAAGGUACAGGUAGGGUAAAAAUAAAAAAAAAUGCCCUUUUGAAUGAAUUAAAAUAUUGCUGUUGGAUAAAAGAAAAAGACAUUUUAAAUGUCAUAUGGCAAUGCAGGGAAGCGGGAAAAUUAGAUAUUAAAACUGAACAAUAAAGAACAUGAGGAGCAAAUUUUCAUUGAUAAGGAAAAUGAGGGAAAUUUUUGAUAUGGAUUAGUGAUUUGAGAAUAAAUUAGAUGUUCAUUGGACAUUGAAUCAAAGCAUAAAACAAAUGACAGCAAACCAGAUAAUCUCACAAGAGAUUAAACAACACGGGAGUUGAAUCCAUGACCCUGAGAUUAAGAGUUUUCUCUAUCAAUUGAAGUAUCUGAAAUCAAAAUAAAAAACAGGUAAUCUCACAAGUGAUUGAAUCUGGGACAACGUGGGACUCGAACCUACAACCCGGCGACUAAGUCUCAUGCUCUACCAAUUGAGCUAGCCACUUUCAACCUGAUAUAAUCAUUGAAAAAUUAAAAUUAAAAAAAAAAAUUAAAGCUGCUCAUUGGAGAUUUGAAUUUAAUUAGUCAGCUUUUCAUUGGACAGUAAUGAUAGAUAAUGGAAAAAAUGCAGAGAUCCAAAACGGUAAAUGGAUUCUAGGAAAGGAAUCCGCCGAGGCCUUACUGCCGUCCUCCAACAAUUACCACCAGUACUUCUGUUUGCGAGAGCAGCAAACAGCACAUAACCUUGGCAGAGGUCAUUUUCUGCUAUAUAAAUUGUUUGUGUGUAUGUGUGUGUGCAUGUGUGUGCAUUUGUGUGUGCGUGUAUGUAUUUUAAAUUAUGUUAGAUUACCUCAAAUCAAAUGGCGCUUAAAAUCCAUUGUUGGGCAAUGGCAUCUUUAGAUCAUGCAUUUUUAACUAUGCAAAGACUAUUCCUUGUUGAGUGUAAAAUAAUCAAUGUUGGAAUGAAAACCUUUUUUAUCAUUAUUAUUAAAUAAAAAUUU